AGCUGAUGGUGAAACAACAUGGCGAACGGAAUUGCUACCUGCCGGCGAAUUCUUACAGACAAAUUUCCGGCAAUCGACGACGAACUUUUUAAAUAUGUGACAGAUAUUCUCGAAAGUGGAGUGGAUGAUUUUGAGAGUGGCGAGGAUAUUUAUGAUGCCGUUGGAAGUAUAUUGGCUGAGGUGGCUGGCGAUGAAGGAGAAGAUGAAAUAAUUGACUUGUGUAAUCAGCUGUUAAGCACAUUGAAAGGUGAUGGUUGCAGUGGUACUGACACAGAUCAAAAUGCCCACAAGUUACUCCAUGCUCCUGUUAAUCUGCAAGAAAUGGCAAAAAAAUUGGAAACACAGAGAGAUGAUGAUGCAUCAAGUAUUUGGAUUGUUAAAAGGGAAAACAACACAGUUGUGGAUCAGAAGAAACUGCAAAAGGCUGAAGCAAAGUUAAAAGCAAAACAGGAGAAACGUGCACAAGAAGAUGAACCUAUCAAUGAAAUUAGAGGAAGACAAAUAGACAAUGCAUCAGCUAGCCAGAGUUCAAACAAAAGGGAAAACAAAUUAGAAGCCAGUGGUAGUAAUAAAAGUCGUGAUAUCAGAAUAGAGAACUUUGAUCUUUCCUAUGCUGAAAGGGUGUUACUGAAAGAGGCAGAUUUGUCCCUAAUUUUUGGCAGGAGAUAUGGUUUGGUGGGUAGGAAUGGAAUUGGAAAAACAACGCUGAUUACAAUGCUCUCUAGGCGUGAGUUGUUUGUUCCCUCUCACAUUUCUAUUUUGUGUGUACAACAAGAGGUAAAAGGUGAUGAAACACAAGUUCUACAGAGUGUUUUGGAGUGUGAUACAGAAAGAGAAAACCUGUUACAGGAAGAGAGGAAACUUCUUGCACUGUCAGGUCCUAAGUCUGACACAUCUGACAGCACUAGUAGCAGAUUAGCACAGGUUUAUGCAAGGAUGCAGGAAAUAGAGGCAGACAAGGCUCCUGCAAGAGCUUCAUCAAUACUGGCUGGACUGGGUUUUUCAACAAAAAUGCAGAAUCAGCAAACGAAAGAACUGUCAGGUGGUUGGAGAAUGAGGCUUGCUCUUGCCAGAACACUAUUUAGUAGGCCAGAUCUGUUACUCCUUGACGAACCUACGAAUAUGUUGGAUUUAAAGGCCGUUUUAUGGCUGGAAAAAUACCUUCUGAACUGGCCAUGCACUCUCCUCGUGGUAUCCCAUGACCGUACUUUCCUUGACGCUGUCGUUACCGACAUAAUUCACAUGCACUCCCAGAGACUGGAGUCGUACAGAGGAAACUAUGAGAAUUUUGUCAAAACCAUGACUGAAAAACUAACCAAUCAGCAGCGAGAGUACGAAGCACAGCAAAUGCACAGACAACAUCUUCAGGCCUUUGUUGACAGAUGGAGAUAUAACGCUAAAAGAGCAUCUCUCGCACAGAGCAGACUGAAGGCUCUGGAGAAGCUACCUGAUCUGCAACCAGUUGUAGUCGACCCACCCGUGGUACUCAAAUUUCCCGAGUGUGAAAAACUCUCCCCUCCGCUACUGCAACUGGAUGAGGUGACUUUCUAUUACGAAAAAGGAAAAGUGGUUCUCAAUAAAGUGAGCCUUUCUGCAAAUCAAGAGUCGAGAAUAGCUUUGGUCGGUGAAAAUGGCCAAGGGAAAACGACGUUUUUGAAAUUACUACGAGGAGACCUGGAGCCAGUGUCUGGACUCAAAUUUGCUCACAGGAAUUUAAAGAUUGGUUAUUUCAGUCAACAUCACGUUGAUCAGCUUGGUUCAGAACUUACUCCACUGGCUUUGCUUGCCUCUAAAUUUCCAGGUCAGCAUGAGGAAGAGUACCGCCGUCAGCUGGGUCGAUAUGGAGUCAUUGGUGACUUGGCUAUCAGACCUGUGAGGAGUUUAUCAGGUGGUCAGAAGAGCAGGGUAGUCAUGGCUCUUAUGAGUAUGAUAAGACCACACUUUCUCAUUCUGGACGAACCCACAAAUCACUUAGAUGUGGAGACUAUAGAGGCUCUUGGAGUUGCUCUGAACAAUUAUAAGGGCGGGGUAAUAAUGGUUACCCAUGACGAGAGACUUGUUAGAAAUGUAUGUAAAGAAGUCUGGUUAUGCUCCAAUGGCUCUAUCAUCAGACAAGAUGGUGGAUUCGACCAGUACAGAAAACUUCUUGAAGAUCAAAUUCGAGAUUUAUGACCAAAUGAUUAGGAAUGAAAAUGAUCAACAAUUAAGAAAGACACUAUCCAUAUUCUGCUAAAUAACUACUAAGUAAUAUUAAUAACAGUGCUCUGGUGAUUAUUAAUCUGGCUUAGCUUCACCUUACCACACGCUCAACGUUUAAGCCCAAAUUCUAAAA